AUGACUCAUAUGGCCAGGCGCUUCGUUCACUUCGGAGGCGGUCCUGAUCCGCGCCAUAACGCUUUCAUCAUCGGCCAGAGCCCAACCGGGAACGACUUAUACAUCGCCUUCGACACCCCUCCUUCUCGCUAUGACGGGCGUGUCGUGACUCAGGUGCAUCGUGCUGUCAACGCCAACGCCAAUACCUCAGGUGGCGGAGAAGUCUUUGCUGAACUACGGUGGUUCGGCACGGCUCUCGGGACCUUCACGUCGAGGACGCGGCAAGGCGAACCGCACAUGGGGCAGCUGGCGGAUAUCACCAAUCGUCCUGAAGGCACCCGGGCCUUCCUUUCAACCGGCGACGACGGUGUUCAAGCUAACUUCGCCUGGAUCCGUGUGCUCGACCCUACCGGUACCGCCACUGGGACCAGGUUCUCCUACGAUCUUGUGCACGAACCGUCGCACGUUCCGAUCGGUUACUACCGCUACCACGGCCCGCAGGUCUCUGCCACAGGCGUGACCACCUUCGCGACCUUCGAGUACAACUUCGGGAGUGAUGGGCUGCUGGUGGAUGCCAUGCUUGCUCUGUGCAUCAACAGGUUCUUGGACGGAAUGAACCGCCGGAUCUGA